UUCACUCUCCCUCUCCGCGGCUCGGACCACCUAUUGCUCCCGAUGACUCCUGCCCCCCACCACCAUUGUUUAGUCCAAUACAAGGAUCGGAUUUGCAAUGGCAAUGGCGAAGCUGCGAGAGCGCACGCAGCUGCGGCUGUCCGUGCUGGCUUCACCGCCAUUUUUUCCGAACCAGGAGCACGGUGGCCUGCCGUCCACGCCGCCCGCCCAGGCCGCCAGCUGCGUGACGGAGCUCGAGAUGCUGUCCGUCCUCGGGCGUGGCGCGGGGGGCACGGUCUACCAGGCGCGGUGCUCGCGGUCAAGGUGAUGCGCGGAGGCCGGCGUGCACCUCCGCGUGGCCGCCGCGGCGCCCGACCACCCGUCCGUCGUUCGCCUCCACGGCGUCUCCGUUGGGAACCCCGUCGCUGGCAACCGGUUCGUGUACCUCGUCCUCGAGUACCUCCCGGAGGGCUCCCUCAGCGACGUGCUCAGGCGGGGCCCACUCCCGGAGGGCGCCAUCGCAACGGUCGCGCGGUGCGUGCUCGGUGGCCUGAGCCACCUGCACCACCUCGGCGUCGCGCACGGCGACGUGAAGCCAUCCAACCUCCUCGUCGGCCACCACGGCGAGGUCAAGAUCGCCGACUUCGGCGCCAGCCGCCUCGUCACGAACGAAACCCGCCACCAUCACUCAGCCGCCGGCACGUCGGCGUACAUGAGCCCCGAGAGGCUGCACCCCGAAGGGUUCGGCGCCACGGCGCCGUCGCCGGGCGUCGACUUCCCCAGCGCCGUGUGGUCCCUGGGAGUCGUGCUGCUCGAACGCCACACGGGCAGGUUCCCGCUCGUGGCCGCCGGGGAGAGACCGGACUGGCCGGCGCUCGUCCUGGCCGUGUGCUUCGCCGGCGCGCCGGAGUUGCCCGCCGCGGCGUCGCCGGAGUUCAGCGGCUUCGUGCGGAGGUGCCUGGAGAAGGACUGGAGGAGGAGGGCCACCGUGGAGGAGCUUCUUGGACACCCCUUCGUCGCGGGAAAGCCGUCUCGCUGCGGCGCCAACGAGUGGCUCACCAGCUUCCAUGACAAAACCGGCCAAGUGAACACGAGUAUCUGCGGCGAAGAUGAAAUUGAAGUCUAAAAACAAAUUUGCCCUUUAACGUGGGAACAUCCCUGCAUGAUUUGUGAUGAGUUGUUUUGGUUCACCGGGAUUAGGAACAUUUUUUUAACACAAGUUUUGUUAGGAUUUUCAGGGAAAUAAGUUGCUAAGAUAGAGUGUGUUUUUUUAUUUAUAGUGCUUUAUCUAAUAACAUUGCCCUCAAU